AUGGAGAUCACGGACGGCGGCGCCGUCGCCAGGCGGCCGCUCAAGAACACGCCCCGCCACCAGCUCACGCGCGGCCUCAUGCGCACGCUGAACGUCAUCAACGUGAAUUACUACCGGCGGCACAACCCCAAGCCCAUCGUCAAGAAGAAGAAGAAGGUGCCCGCCAACUACGUCUUCUCCGAGGCCGGAGAGGAGACCUUCAACGGCCGCUACCUCGUGCGCGGCAGGAAGCUCGGCGCGGGCUCCUUUGGACAGGUCGUGGAGGCGCAGGACCUCGUGACCAAGCAGAUCGUGGCCAUCAAGAUCGUGCAGAAGAAGCAGCAGUACACGGAGCAGGCCCAGACCGAGAUCAACAUCCUGCAGCAGCUGCAUCUGCCGCAGCAGCACGACGCUACCAACCACAUCGUGAGACUCACGGAUGCGUUCAUGCACCAGGGGCACCAGUGCCUCGUGUUCGAGCGACUGGGACCCAACCUCUUCGACGUCCUCCGUGGAACCAACUUCAAUGGUAUUAGUCUCAAGCUGCUGCGCAAGUUCACGCGGCAGAUCCUCAAGGCGCUGGAGUACAUGCGCCACCCCAACGUGAACGUGAUCCACUGCGACCUCAAGCCGGAGAAUAUUCUGCUGGUCUCGCACGGACACAGCUCGCUCAAGCUUAUCGACUUUGGAAGCUCGUGUCUUUCGCGUAACCAGAUCCACCGCUACACCCAAAGCCGCUUCUACCGUGCCCCGGAGGUUCUUCUUGGCAUGCGGUACACAGCCGCUAUCGACAUGUGGAGCCUUGGCUGCAUUUUGGUGGAGAUGCACACUGGCAAACCGCUCUUUUGCGGCUAUGACUCGGCAGACCAACUGCACCGCAUCAUCAAUGUGUUGGGUCUGCCGCCGCGGGAAAUGAUUGCCCGUGCCAGUCCGAGCUAUCGGCGUGAAUAUUUUGACGAGGUCGUCAUAAAUGAAGGCAACAACAAGUGGAUCGACUACCGCCUGAAAGUGCACAAGAUAACCCCACCCAAAGGAGUUGAUAUGACUUUGGCGGAGAUUCUUGCUGGUGCGCACAAGUAUGGUACCCUGAACCACAGCCCGGAACAGUACGAUGCAUUUCACGACCUCGUUAUGCGUAUGCUCGACUUCAACCCGGAUACGCGAAUUACCCCCACGGAUGCGAUGCAGCACCCGUUCCUGAUGAGUAUGCGUCAGAUGAAGCCUGAUGAAACGAUGGAAGAACCGGUGGCUCAGGGAAAGUUCAAGUACAUGCGAGCCUCCACGAUGUACGACGUUCAUGGACGCAAUGCCGAGACGCAAAUGCCUCCGCUGAACCGUGCGAAGCAACGCCGCUUUCUUGACAAGUCCCCGCACGAGCGAUGA